GUUACCCUGUUCGGAUAGGCCUUUGACGAUACACUUCUUUCCUUCUCUCCCUUCCCAUCUUCAUCUUCAAGACACCCAGUCCGGUCAACACCACCCCGUCGACAAAAUGUCUACCGCCGAGCUCGCUGUCUCCUACGCCGCUCUGAUCCUUGCCGAUGAUGGCAUUGAGAUCACCGCCGACAAGAUCCAGACCAUCCUGACCGCCGCCAAGGUCCAGGAGGUUGAGCCCAUCUGGGCCUCCAUCUUCGCCAAGGCUCUCGAGGGCAAGGACGUCAAGGACCUCCUGACCAACGUUGGCUCUGCUGGCCCCGCUGCCUCCGCUGGCCCCGCCGCCGCCGGUGGUGCUGCUGCCCCCGCCGAGGCUGCCGCUGAGGAGAAGGAGGAGGAGAAGGAGGAGUCCGACGAGGACAUGGGCUUCGGUCUGUUCGACUAAGCGCCUUCACCGUCCCGAAUUUGAAGUCGUUUCCUUUUUGCUCUUUCCCUCAUCUCUUAUUCCGCCUCCGCCUCAUGGCUCCCUCGACGAUUCUCUCUUGUACUCGAUACUCCACGACCCCUGCUACGAAGAUCCAAAUCACGGGGAAGAAAAAAAAAGAAAAUAGCAAAAGAUUCAAACGGACAUGGACAUUCAAUGGAGCCUGGGUGCUCGGGUUACCCCCGAUUCACAAAGUGGCGGGGCUAGACCCGGUCGGUUGCCGAUGUGAUACCGAAACU